CAGGGACAUCAGAACCGUGAUGGGGGCAGCGCUGGGCGCAGAGAGCUCCAGGAAGGCUUCCCGGAGGAGGAGGAGCCAGCUGAGCUGAGACUUGAUGGAUGAGUGAGGCACAGCUGGCACGACAGCCAGACCUGCAUGUGCAAAGGCCCAGAGGCCAGAGGGAUGGCAGCAGUUCAAACAGCUGCAGAGAGAGGGCCCCUUCCGGGCUGCCUGCCCGCUCUAGCUGGCUCCCAGGUCAAGAGGCUGUCAGCAUCCAAGCGGAAGCAACACUUCAUCAACCAGGCCGUGCGGAACUCAGACCUCGUGCCCAAGGCCAAGGGCCGGAAGAGCCUUCAGCGUCUAGAGAACACCCAGUACCUCCUAACGCUGCUGGAGACAGACGGGGGCACAGCUGGUCUGGACGAUGGGGACCUGGCCCCCCCCGCAGCACCCGGCAUCUUCGCAGAGGCCUGCAGCAAUGAGACCUACAUGGAGGUCUGGAAUGACUUCAUGAACCGCUCUGGGGAGGAGCAGGAACGGGUUCUCCGCUACCUGGAGGAUGAGGGCAAGAGCAAGGCACGGAGGAGGGGGCCCGGCCGCGGGGAGGAUCGAAGGAGAGAGGACCCAGCCUACACACCCCGGGAGUGCUUCCAGCGCAUCAGCCGGCGUCUGAGAACUGUCCUCAAGCGGAGCCGCAUCCCCAUGGAAACUCUGGAGACCUGGGAGGAGAGGCUGCUGAGGUUUUUCUCUGUGUCUCCCCAGGCCGUGUACACGGCCAUGCUGGACAACAGUUUCGAGAGACUCCUGCUUCACGCCAUCUGUCAGUACAUGGACCUCAUCUCAGCCAGUGCCGACCUGGAGGGCAAGAGGCAGAUGAGAGUCAGCAACCGCCACCUGGACUUCCUGCCACCGGGACUGCUCCUGUCCGCGUAUCUGGAGCAGCGCAGCUGAUGGCCGCCCCCCUCCCCCGCCCCCGCCCCCAGCCUCCCCUCCCCCGCCCCCUCCCCCGCCCCCGCCCCCAACCUCCCCUCCCCCAGGCCUCCCGUGCCAUUCGCUAAAGUGUCUUUAUUAUUUGGAGGAUUUGUCCCUGCAGACGUGCUCUACCCCUGGGGGGGGCUAUCCCGCUGACUCCUUCCCAGCCCGCCUCUCCCAGAUAAACGCGAGGCCCUGGCCCCCCACACCGGACUGUCCUGGCCUUGCAGCUCCCCGCUCUGGGACUUGAGUUUGAGCGAGGAGACCCGGCCUGGUCACUUCCGUGUUCCUUCUUCGUUCAGCUUUUUCGGCCCCGUCUGAAACUUAAGCAAGGAGCGGCAGGCUGGGUUUUUAUCACUUUUAAUGAAUUUGGCAUGAUUUGUUGUAGAUUUUUAAAUUUCCCUUUUGGGAAGAAAAACCAAAAACUUGCCCCAACUGAUAAAUCGGGGGACUUUGUUCCAGUCCCUGUUUGAUCCUCCCCCAUCCCCCAGCUUUUGGCUUGGAUGUGGGGGAGGGGGGCCUGGGGCUCCGCCCCUUUUUCCAGGUGUGUUCUGUUGUGUGCGCCUGCGCGUGUGCCCCACGCCCUAGGACAGGGGCUGCAUCUUAAAGGCUGGUCUUGCCACCCUUUUGGAACAUGUUUGUCCUCCACGGGUGGCUUUUGGUGGCUCUUGGGGCCCCAUUUGCUCUACACACUUCCUCCCUUCAUCCUGCGGGAUCAGGACUUCCAGCCAGAAGCCUCUGCCCUAGGACUGCCCCAUUCCCCUGUCCGUGUCCCUUUGCCCUUCCCCUAGCCUAGCUCUGGCCUGUUGCCUUGGGCUGACCUCUCACUGGCCACCCUGGCAUGUCCCACAAGAGCAGGGCUGGGGGACCCCUCCUGUGUGUGUGUGUGUGUGUGUGUGUGUGUGUGUGUGUGUCUAGUUGUGCUUUGGGAAAAGUGGAGAGUUCAAUAAAUUUCUGGUGCUCUGGUC